UUUUGAUGUGUAAAAAGCUGUGUUAAUACCUUUUCCUUACUAUUAGAAAUUUCCAUCGUAAAAAUUAAGCAAUUGAGGCGAUAUUUGGAAAGAGACAAUGACAUAUCUAAGGCGAUGUUUAUAUUUAUUGGUUUGGGUCAAGAUAGCGGGAGGCGGUAUAUUCUCUAUGUCAUCAACUGUCUUGCCGUCGUUUAAAAGCAACUGGUGCUUUGAGGAUGCAAUCAACAUUCACGACGAAUUAUCACAACAACUCUGCCCUUACGACAAACUUCAAGAAAAUGAUGGCUGUAAAAGCAACACAAGUACCAUCACUUUACGACAAGAGCCCGACAAGUGUCCGAUCGAGGAGCUCGAACACACAAAUACUACGCUUCGGACAGAAAAUCUACAAAUUCUAAAUCGGAAGAAGGAGCUGACGACAACUACUGCCCAACACCGAAACGUCCUAGACCUAGUAGUGUACUCACAAGUCCCCCAUCUGUCUCGUUGUGUAUUCCAUCCACAUCAAAGAGCCACUCGCAUUGCUUUUUGUAUGGCUGUAAAAGCAACACAAGUACCAUCACUUUACGACAGGAGCCCGAUAAGUGUCCGAUCGAGGAGCUCGAACGUAUAUCAUGAACUCAGUGAUAAAGUGUACUACUUUCAUUCAACAAGUUUCAUUUAGAAACUAAGUUCAAGAACGAGUAGUGACUCAGAUAAUUCUAUCAUCAACAAAACUUCAAGGGGAAGUAGCCGAUCAUCAGUGGGGAGUUAUCUUAACGAAAAUGCAGCACGAAGGGGAAGUGAUGAAAGCAAAAGAUAUUAUGAACUUGAAAAACGACCGGACAAUGUUAUGAAUAAUUCAAUGAAUGAUAUAUAUUGAGUAUUAUGUUCCAGCUGGUAUUCAUUUCUGCAGUAUAAUUCCCAAGAGAGGCAGAUGCAGGAUCUUGAUAAACACCCCACUCUUUACAAAUCAAUGAUUGCCAAUUAAUCAAUUGUGAAUAAUAUCAGAGAUUUAUUCAUUAUCUAAAUGGUAACUGUAUUACUUAUUGGAACUUUUGUUGGAGUGUUACAUAUAGUGUAUAGUAAUGAUAACAUCGUAUGUUCUUUUGGCUGUUUUCUAUAAGGGUGGUACAUUCUAAGAUGAUGCCAAAAGACAAAGUUCAUUACCAGCAAAGAUCAGCAGAAAAAUAGAAUUGGAUCACACAGCUAUUGAACUUUGCUCAUCCAUAAAGUUGAAAGUAUGAAAUAGAGGAUAUCAUCAAUUUCCUUUAUCAAACAGAUGUAGGUCAAUGCCUGUUUUUAUCAUUAGGGCUAAAAUGAUCUUACAUUUAAA